AAUAGCGCGCCGCACGCUCAGCGCAGCAGACAAGUCCGACUUCCAUCGCCGCCCACUCGCCCCAAGAUCGCUGGCCGGGCUAUAACGGAGUCAAAGCCAAGUGGCUCAGCUGACUCGGCUGGCAUCCCAGCCCAUCCAUCCCGUUCCACAAACCGCACAAUCUCGACAUUGACGAUCCGCGGCCCGAGAUAUAUCUUUUCAGUGCACAGCGGACAAGCGCAGCAGGCGGACGCAGCGCAGCAUUUUCUCCGUGUAUUUUCGUACGCCAACUCGGGAUAUUGGAUAUAUGUACAUAGAUACAGGCCGACAUCGAGAUACAGAUACAAAGCUAUAUGCACAGCCAAGCGACGCGUUCUCAUAGAUAUUUUUAGCAACCGGCCUCACGCACACCGCCGUAGUUUAGUCCCGCCGCACUGACACACGCGGCUUGCACGUUUCGGAAAAUCCAUUCUUCGAGGCUUUUCCUGCAAACACACCAAGAAAGAGAAAUACGCGAACACAAACAAAAGUUCUUAUAUGUGAAUAAAUCGCCGCAAGGGAAUCAAUUCAAGUCAAAACAAGCUCUACAGUUUUGAGGAAAUAAAACUGAAAUUCCAUUUUUUGUUGUGUUAAUCUGCCAAAUUUAUGCAUGAGCUAAUAACUUUAAUUCCGAUAAAAAAAAAAUAACCCAAGCAAAACAAAAUAACAAGAAAAGAUCGCAUAUCAAAAUUAGUCGGGUGACUAAUUAGUCGGAACCUCAAUUUGCAUACUUUUGCGCAACUUUAAUGAACCAAAAAUUAAAAUAAAAACAUCAACAAAUCUUAAUCAGAGUGCACAGCUAAAUUCAAAUCAUCCCGAACAACCUCCCAGCCAUACACUGUUGGAUUUAUGAAAUCAAAAAGAUGAAGUCCAACACGUACGAGCUGCACAACUACGCCGAUCUGAAUGACAUGGCGGAUAUGGCGGACCCAAAGGAUUCGCGGAAAAGGAAGACGAACAUUGCGCGUGGUGAAAAGUAUUCCCUGCGACAGAAGCGCCAGAAAAGGACUCCCGCCGAGGAUGUGGAAUCAGCCAGCCUGCCCGACUUUCAACUGGAGUUGGAUCCCAUUGUGGAACCGGCUAGUAAAUCGAGGAAAAAUACACCCACCAAGUCCAAGACGAAAGCACCGCCGUUAAGCAAAUACCGACGGAAAACGGCAAAUGCCAGGGAACGUACCAGAAUGCGGGAGAUCAACACGGCCUUCGAGACGUUGAGACAUUGUGUUCCCCAGGCGAUAACCGGCGAAGAUGCGGUCAAUACGAAUGAGAAGUUGACCAAAAUCACCACCCUCAGAUUGGCCAUGAAGUACAUCACCAUGCUAAGCGAUUCGAUUCAGGAUCCCAGCUACGAGAGUGAGUUGAUAGGGGAGUGUCUGGAGGAGACUGCCAAUCGGGAGGCGAGACAAGACUCCGAUGUGGCCGAGGAGGUUGAGGUGGAAGUGGAGCUACCUGUGGCACUUCCAGUGGUGAAAAAACCAGUCAAGUCUAAGGCGAGUGGCAAGAAGAACUCGACGGCCAGCAAGAGACAGAGCCAAAAGCUGGCCAAGACAGUGCCCCAAGUGCCGCCCACAAGUUCGGGAGAGUCCUGCUAUGCCACCUCAUCGAUAGGAUCGCCUGCCUCCUCCGCCUAUGCCUCGCUAUCCUCAUUCUCGAACAGCCACAGCAGCAGUAGCAGUCCGGGAUUGGAGGUGGACAGUUUGCUGGGACUGCACGGAAUCAGCGCCCUGGGCUCCCUUCUCUUGGAUGCCUCCGAUGGGGAUUCCCUAACCUGUUUGAGUCCCGGAUACGGAAGUCUGCUCACUGGCAGCGGGGAAUCGCUGUUACCCGGCUGUCGUGGCGAUAUACCCAUGUCUGGGCUGGAAAAGUCGGACGUGGAACUCAGCCUACGAUUACUGGAUCACAGAUCCACGGACUCCUUCGACUUUGACAGCGAUCAGCAGCCCUCGGCCUGCAUCAGUGCCUUUUCCAGUCUGGAUGGUUAUACCUACGACCUGCUGAACAACGAUUUCCCCGACAUGUUUCUCACGUGACGCGUAUUUAUUAGUAAGCCUUCACUACUCCUCUUAAGUCUAACCCUCGUUUUAAGUUAGAGUGCGAGUUCUAACACGACUUCCACAUUUAGCCAUUAAAUGCGAUGCGCCCCUGUGGCGGAAUUCAUUGUGUCAUAGAACGCAGCUUUAAGAUAUAUCCACAUCCUGCGAAGAGGAAAGCUGCUCACCGCCACAUCCACAUGAUAACUCAACUCAACUAUUGAUCUAAGCAUUUCUUUGUGACGCAUUUCUCGUUAUCGUGUAAAUAAAGCACCCAGUGUUGUUUCAUGACUCGUAAA